UAGGACUCGGACAGUAUGGUGAUUAGAAUCUGAAUACAUCAUGGAGGAGGAAUCACAAAGCAUAUUGAAAUAUUUGACCGAAGUUGAAGUGGCGGCAGAAGAUGUUCUUUCUGAUAAACAACAGAUUGUUGACCUCGACGUGAAACGACACAGAAAUAGAGAAGCACUCAGUGCGCUCCGGGAUGUCAGCCAGCAGUCCGAGGAAAAAGUAAAGGUUUGCUUUGGGAAUAUGUUCAUAAAACUACCCAAAGCUACAACAAAGCACAUGAUUGAAAAAGACCAAGAGCAGUUGGACAAGGAAAUAAGUGAUCUUCGUAACCGUCUGAAAGCAAAAGUAAAUCAUCUCAAUGACCUACAGGGAAAACCUGAGCUGACUGGGUACAACCUCUCUCCUCUAACAAGCAAUGAGAUUAAGGCAAUCCACAACCUCUUGAAGAGAUGAGUUUCACUACUGGGUUGUCUUGGGCAGAGACUGCAAGUGAACUUGACAUUCUUUGGGAAAUUGAGGAAUUUUUGAAGUGGAUGCUUGAAUACCAGGCUGUGCAGACUGAAGAGAUGAAUUGCCUUUUUUUCCAGAGCUGGAGGCAGAGUCCUGUAUUGCAUCUCCUGUAGACUACCACGUGGUUGAUGUGA